UUUUUUUUCUUUUCUUCUCAGGUUGAAAUACACGGAGACAUCCUCGUGCCAGGAUUCACCAGCAGGAAACUUGGCCAGAUACCCUGCGAGGACGUCAUGGUGAGAAUCCCUAUUCCGGAAUGCUGGAUAUAUCAGUUCAGAGUUGAAAAACACUUCAGAUACGGCUCGGUGAAGUCGGCACACAGGAGGACGGGCAAAGUAAAGGGAAUUGAAAGAUUUCUCGGAGCGAUUGAAAAUAUGGAGCCUUCGCUGAUGGAGGUGACGUCCGGUCAGGCCAAAUACGAACACCAACACCGCGCUAUUGUCUGGAGGAUGCCUAGAUUGCCAAAAGAAGGCCAAGGUGCUUACACGACGCACAAUCUGGUCGUGAGGCUUCAGCUCACCUCGUACGACCAAAUUCCGGACCAGUUGGCCAAAUAUUGCUACCUCGAGUUCACCAUGCCGGCUACAACAGUGUCCCAUACGACUGUCAGGUCUGUCUCCAUAGCGCACAGCGAUAGCGACACGCCACCGGAGAAGUACGUGAGGCAACUCUCAAGACACGAAUACAGGUAAAUUGGACUAUAUAAAUUCCA